UUGAUUAUAAUACUGAAGUAGGUUUUAAAACCCGAAUCCAAUUACAAAAGAUAUCUAAUUUUUUCACUAUGAUUCAGAUCAGUGGAAAUGAAUAAUAUAAUAUAUAUUAAACCAGAACUGAUUUUUGCUUCAGUUUUAAUGCAUUACUGUUCGCGGUAUUAUCCAAUUUUGCGGAGUGUUUUGAAAAAAAAUAUGAUACGGAUCAAUCAAAUAAAAGUAUUAGCUGCCGCUUUAAUACUAGCUCAACAUAUACACGCUCUACCAAAAAACUUAGUUGUUCCAACUACCAAGUGGUGUGGCAAAGGAAACAUCGCUAAGGAUUACGACGACCUCGGCAUGUCCUUCGAAACAGACAGUUGUUGUAGGGCUCACGAUCAUUGUGCAGAAAGUAUCGAAGGAGGUGGAAGUAAAUAUGGUUUACAAAACGACGCUACAACUACAAGAUCUCAUUGCGAUUGCGAUCUCAGAUUUUUCAGAUGUCUCAGCGAAAUAGGGAGUAAAUUUUCUAGAAUAAUACGAUUUCAAUAUUUUCACACGUUGCAGAUGAAGUGUUAUCGAUUUGAGUAUCCUAUUGUGAGAUGUUCGAGAGCAAUUGGGAAGAAAAAUCACGAGCAAUGUCAAGAAUAUAUCGUUGAUAUUAAAAAACCACAAAUUUGGCAAUGGUUCGAUAAUGCUCUUAGUGAUAGGAGAGCUUUGUAACUGAAAAUUGUGAAAAUUAACGAUAAUUUUUCAAGUCGUUGGCUUUAAAUCAAAUCUGUGAUAUUAAUUUUAAAAAUGUUUAUUUAUUGUUGAAUUGAAUUGAAAAAUAAAAAUUAUUUACAAUAUAAUUAGCAUCUUAUUACAUACAAGCAUAAAAUAUUCAGUAAGGCAUAUGAACUGACAUUAAAUUCUGAACACAGAUAAAAUGAAAUAACUCAGUCUCAAAAUGAAUCGAUGUUACCGGCUCCAAAAUAGAUUUUCUACACAAUAUCACAGAGUAUUUUUACUCAAUUUUCUACAAGAAAGUUAUCAUACGACCCAGUCGUUGAGAUUACAACUAAGAAAUAUCAACACAAACUAGGAAACCAAAUCGAUUUCGGUCUAGUAGCAGAAAUUUCAAGCAUUUCUGACUCCGAUUUUUCGCCAAAAA